AUGGAAUCUGAUCAUGAUCAGCAAGCAGCAAUAUCUGAAAAUCCCUCUGAUGGGGAGGACCAAGGCGCAACUCACGUGACAUCCAGGUCCUACGAGUGCAACUUCUGCAGGAGGGGCUUCUCCAAUGCACAGGCACUGGGGGGGCACAUGAACAUCCACAGAAAAGACAAAGCCAAGCUCAAGCAACAACAAUCUUCAAAUCAACCAUCUUUGGACAAGGUUGUCCCUCCACAGGAUCAGACCAAGUCUGGUGAAGAACGGAACACGCCAAAAUGGAAUUGGAAUGUGUCUCAAGAAGAACAUGCCUCCUCUAGAGCAUCUCACACAAGGCAACAGCUUCCACUCUUUGAAGAAUCACCAACCAGCAGUGAAACACUGAAGCCACAAGGUCAAAAUACCACUGAUGGAGCUUUGUUAUCUACCCGAGAUUCAUCGUUGAAGUUAGACCUUGAACUCAGACUCGGACUUGAACCACAGGAUUCGUCACCAGAAACGGGUACAAGAAAUUUUUUUUGA